AAGGCAGGACGCUCCGGGUUCAGGGCAGCCCUAGACCACAGUGACCUCCAGCUGUGUCUACACGUGAAAUUUAAGAAAUGAUCCUUAAUAAGUACAACUUGAACAUGCAGCCAGAUAUGCACCUCAUUGACUGUGACCCUACCUGGCGCAGGUAGAACAUCCUUAAACAGGCACGACUGUGACGUCUGGAACAUGUCUGAACAAGUCUCAUGGCCCUUGAGAAGAAGACUGAGUGGGUCCUCAGCAGGGAGUGGGGAUGGCAGACUGGGGGCUGGGAAUGUGCCGGGCAGACCCAGGCUGAUGUCACACACUCAACACCAGAAGGAGACUGUGUCAAGAGUCUUCACUGAGGAAACGACAGAGCCCAGGGCUCUGUCUUGCAUUUUUCAAGCGCAGCUAACGUGGGGGCAUCGCACCACGCGUCUGCUCCCCAUCAGCUUUUCUUAGGAAACGAGAAGAAUUGUGGUGGAGGAAGCUCUCUGAACCUCUGCCCUUGCCUCUGGCACACCCUCUCUGCCCCUCCCAGCGUUCAAGUGGCCUCGGCUGGGUAAGGCGUCAAACGCAGGCUCAUCUCUCUCUGUCGAACAGAGUGGGCAUAUUGUCUGCAGAGGACACUCACUGUCCAGCAAGUCCAUCAGCCUCAGGAUGUGCUGGGUAAUGCAUCUGUCAUAGUCAGGCCUUUCAACCUUGACCCCGUGACCCUGGACUGCAGCAUUUUAGAGCAUGACGCAGCCAGAGACUCCAUCAGCAGCCCCAGCGAGAUGCACCGCUGGCCCAGACCUGCAGGCCCGUGAACAGGACCUCCCAUGCCCGGAGCUACCUGCGUUCAGCUGAGGCACGACCUGAAGACCCUCACCCUCAACUUCAGCAUCUCCAACCUCCAGGAUUCAACAGACAUGAGCAAGGGCUCAGGCACGUUCAACUCCACUGGGAGAGUCCUGCAGCACCUGAUGAGACCCUGGUGCCCUCAGCUUCUGGUAAGAUGAGUCCCAGCCAGCCACUCCCCACAUACUGUCUCUCCUGUUCACCCUCCUCCUCCUUUCUCCACAGCUUUGAUCCUUGUUCAGGAAGAGUAGCCUGGGCCCCUUAUAUAUGGAUUGUAAACUGGUUUCCCUCAGAGGUUUCAGGAUAUCUCUCUAGAGGCCCUCUCUCCCUGGGCCUCAGAAGGAUGGGGCAACUACUGGUGUGGAUUCUGUCUGCACCUACUAUGCUCACCCCGUGGCUCAUGACAGAGAGUGUGACAGAGACCCCGUGUGACCGAGAGCAGCAUUCCUGGGAUCUGAAACAGCUGACCCACCAUGUCACACAGGGGCCUCCACCACCUGAUCAAGGACAGCCUUUUUGUCAGUGGUCUGUCCCCUGCAGUAACCACAGUAGGGUGGCCUCCCUGUGUAACUUAUCACCACUGGGACACAGAAUGGAUAGAGUUGUGAUCUGUGAGGAAUUCUUGUAUCUGACGCAGGGUGGCACCCAGCUGCAGAGCUUUGCCCUGGACAAGAACAGUGUCCUCAUGGAUGGGUACUCUCCCAACAGAAACAAUGCCUUGACUGAGAACUCUGGUAAGCUUCAAGAAAGCCCUAGUCCUGGGUGGGAAGGGAAUAUCUUGAUGCUGUGCGUCAAAGAGAACCAUGCACACUGGGUCUUGGAUGAUGAUGAAAGCUGGCCAACUCGUGUCAAGGACUGUGACACAGUGCGGGGACAGCAGGAGCCUUGGAGGAAUGACAGGAGCUGGCUCAGCCCAGCGCUUAUCACCCUAGACUUCCCCUUCUGGGCCAUCAUCCUCAUUUACUUGGCGGGACUCCUGGUGCUCAUCACAUGCCUGCUCUGCGGUCUCCUGGUACACUUAUCAUUUUUGCCAACAACAGAUAAAGAAACUGAGGCCCCGACGAGGUCCUGGACCAGCUGUUUACUAAGCGAGUGCCCGCCUCAUCCUCAGCACUGUGGUGACUCUGCCCAUGGCCAGCUGUCCCAUCCACCAUACAUCCUGUGUGACGCCUUCAUACCCUCUUGGACAUCUGGAGGCAUCUUCCCCCUUUGUGAGUGGGAUGGACCACAGGACCACCUACAAAAUACUAUCUAUUUGAUGCUGGGAAGAUGGCUGGACCAAGGACAGGAUUUCAGUGAGCCCCUGCAGUUUCCCUGUUUGACGGUGAAGCUGGCCACUGUUCAUGUCAGCUCUGGUGGCUCAGACCCAGAGGGCCAAGCCUGCCUUCUGCCGGGCCACCUGGAGCAUCUCAUGGACACUGAGACUGAGCAGAAAGGAGCUGUUGAAGAAGUUGGUGCCCAUCCACUGCCUUGGGCCCAUCUGUUCCCAGAGAGACAACAGGGACUGCGAGUACCUGGCAUCCUCAUCCCAGAGAAUAUGACACAUACCAACACCGUGGCCAACCAUGUGAUUGCCACCUGCCUCAGGGACACAAGCAUGACACCGCAGGAGGGGCCACGGUUGUGGAGGAUCCAGGAAGCUGAGGAGGCGACCUCCGUGUUAGAGACUGCAGAGAGGGCCCGCCAGGGAGCCCAGGAGAGGCAGCGGCAGCAGGGUGUCGUCCCCUCCCUGGUGACAUUCUUCAGUUCCCUUGAGCUGCUGGAUGCUACAAUGGAGGAUUAUGUGGAGGUCCUCUCAGCAGUGCCUCCAGCCUCCUGUGGCAGCCGAGGCAUCAGGCCCAACACAGUGAUGAGUGAUGCAGGCUCUGCUUGGUUUGGCUGACCCCCGGGCUGUCGGGCAGGGGAAGG